GAAGAUUUCACGCUCACACACACCUACAUAUACAUACACGUAUAUACAACUUUAAGAGCUAGACACUUCAAACAUAUCUGGAUCUUUUUGGACUCACCACCUCACCUGAAUUAAGAUGUCUCUAUAUGGCAGUUUUCUGUCUGAUGAGCAGUUCCAGUGCUCCAUAUGCCUUGAUGUGUUCACUAACCCUUCAUCCACGCCAUGUGGCCACAGCUUCUGCAUGCCGUGCAUCAGCAGAUACUGGGAUGGUUCAAAGGUUUGCCAGUGUCCUUUGUGUAAAAAGACCUUCCAGAAGAGACCCGACCUCCAGAUCAACAGGACUCUAAGAGAGAUCACCGAACAGUUCAAAUCCAUGAAAGGUGGAGGAGGUGUGGGGAGGGAGAAGAGAGGAGGAAAAGGAGACGGAGGCACGCAGGAUAAUUUAUUUGAUGAACUGAAGAAGAAACUGCCUCGGCCUCUGCCGAAGCCGCCCAUGACGCUGACCUAUGAGGCUCAGUCUCAGAAUAAGUCCAUGCCAACAUCAUUUCCACCAGUCACAUCUCCACUGGGUUCAUCGGUACCCAACAACAGUCCAAUCUUCUCUCUGAAUCACACCUCUGCACCUCCUCCUCUGGAUCCUUUUCCUCGCUCCAACAGCCGGAGAAGGUUCACCCUGAGUGGGGCAGCAAACAGCCACAACAUCCCUAUUUGCGACAUCCACCACAGGGGAAUAAUGAUUUACUGUAGGACUGACCAAAUGUGUAUCUGUCCCGAGUGUGAGACUGAGGACCAUCCUGAUCACGACACAGUAUCAGUGGAAACAGAGUGGAUGGAAACCAAGGCGCUGCUGAGUGUGUCAGAGAAGGAGAUCCAAGAGAUGAUCAAACAGAGACUUAGAAAGAUUGAAGAGAUCAGAAUGUCAGUGACAGAUCUGAAGCUGGCGGUGGAGCAAGAGACAGUGGGCAGUGUGUGCCUGUUCUCAUCGCUGGUGAUGGCCAUUGAACGGUCCCAGGCAGAGCUGAUGGAGGUGUUGGAGUUCAGCCAAAGGGCGGCAGAGCACCAGGCCGACGCCAUGAUACGGCAGCUGGAGCUGGAGGUCGAAGAACUGCGCAGGAGAGAGAGCGAGCUCACCAAGCUCGCCCAGUCACAAGACCAGAUACACUGUGUCAAGACGUUUCCACACAUCUCCACUCCUCCGCCUGCCAAAGACUGGUCGGGAGUGUCGCUGAACUCUGACCUGGGAACAGGAACCAUCUAUAGAUCCCUGGCAGCUCUGGUGGAGAGGUUCCAGGAAGAGCUGAAGAAUGUCACAGAAACCGGUUUUCCUUCCCAGGAUCUGGAACCCAGUCCAGUCCGAACACAACCCAGGAUGAAGAGGGUUCAGGAGUAUGCAAUGGAUGUGACUCUGGAUUCGAGUACUGCCCAUCCCAGACUGGUGCUGUCAGAAGACAUGAAAAGCGUGAGAUGUGGAGAUCGUCACCAGCUGCUGCCAGACAACCCAGAGAGGUUUGACAGAGUGGUCUGCGUCCUUGGGAGGGAGGCAAUUUCCUCUGGGAAACAUUAUUGGGAGGUGGAGGUGGGCGGAAAGACGGACUGGGAUCUGGGUGUCGCCAAGCAAUCUGUGAACAGGAAGGGGAAGAUUGAAUAUACCCCAAGCAACGGAUACUGGUUCCUCAGUUUAAGAGACAAGAGUAAAUACGCCUUUCGCACCGAGCCCUCCACAGACGUCCACAUGAACCUCCGACCUCAUAAGAUUGGGAUAUUUGUGGACUUUGAGAAAGGACAGGUGUCCUUCUACAACGUUGAUGCUAAAAUCCACAUCUACACGUUCAGUCACGUUUUCAAUGACAGCCUCUACCCGUUCUUCAGCCCCUGCACUAAUAAAUCGGGAAAGAACGAUGCACCUCUGAUUAUCACGCCAGUGAACAUGAUCGAGUGAUGAAAUGACACAUAGAAGUUUUUAUUUUGUGUUCUCUCUCUAAUAUACCUGCAUUGUAAUUAUUUUCAGCAGAAAUAAACCCCUUUUUAUUUACAUAUAAAUAUUCAGGAAAUACUUUAAGAUAAAAUACUUCUUUAACUUUUCUGUUGCCAUAUGUUGGUGUCAGACUGUGAACAGGUGAAAUGUGUUUUGUGUUUUUUAUGAUCAUUUAUUAAAACAGUCACAUUAUCUGA